GAUGGCUCAUCCACCCAGAUCCAUCACCAACUCCAAAUACAAGUCAGGUAAUGGAUGACUUCAGCGAAUGCCAUUCCAUCGCGAUAAGAAUGAGGAGACUGAGUGUCUGCGGUUGGUCGAUGAGGUCACGCCGUGACACACUUAGUCACGCCCUCAUACACAUGCCCCUAGCUGGAUAUAUUUGGAAGGUGCCGUUCAGCCGCCUUAUUUAAGUCCGACUAAGAACGUCGGAGGGGGGAGGCUGCCGUUGCAUUCCCCCGGAGUACCACCAGAGCAAAGGGGACCACCGGAAUACCAUCGAUACCACUCAAGACUUGCAAGAAUACCCAGCAAGAAUGGCCUCGUCGACCCCCUUUCCAUCCACAGCCUCAGACUCGCCCAACAGAUAUCCCACCAACACCCGCACACCCCACUCUCAACUCCACCACCCACUCCUCAGAGACACGCGUUCAUCAGACCCCACUCGUCCCUCUCCAUCCUCGUCAUCUCCUCUACGCGUCAACGUCAAUGCCCCAAAUACCGCCUCACCACGCAAACCACCCAGCCUGAUCGACUCCCCGCCAAGGUCUGCAGCACGCUCACGACCGACCUCGCCCAUCCGCGGCAUACUCCAGUGGGGACUUCACCGCCAAGAACGUGAACGCGAAACGCCCUUCGUACCAGUAGACCCCUUCAGCAGGCGGUUUCGCAGGUUCUCGUUAUAUAACAGUCCAGACGUCGAACAGGGCCAUCGCCCAUUCGUCGACCCCGUCGCGUGCGAAGAAUCCCUCUUUUUCUGUUGCUUCCCCUGUCCGAAUCCUAGAGACCGCAUCCGUAAACACGCUCAGCGCGCGAAGGAUUUCAUCACAGACACGCUCCCAAGACAAGUAUACCUACACCUAAUGCUACGACUCCCUUCCUUGUAUUUCUCGCGCAUCGCGAGGCUCUUCGAAGAAGCCGAAGUCAGUCAGCCAGAUAUCGACAGGUUACUCCGUGCAUGUGAAGCCAGCAACCGUACCUGGGAUCGACGUGCAAGAAUGAGCCCCAUUCCACAGACGCCUAAUGUAUAUCAUCACGAUCACGGUCUACCUUUUUCGGACGACUGGACUACGGCAAACGUAGGUCCUGCACUGGUCAGGUUCAAGAGUUCCUGGGAGUCCUUCAUCGAUUCCCUCCUCCGAGAAUGGAAGACGCUCAACAUCGUCUCCGCACUACUACUCUCAGCCAUCCUGUCCAUGUUCCAAAACCAAGAAAUGUCCUACGACCCCCUCGUACGCACGACGGCACUCCUCUCGCUCACCUGCGCGCUCAUGUCCCUCUUGUACGGAUGCGUCUACAUCAUCCGAUUUGCCACCAUGAAAAGCAUGUACAAGGCCACGCGGUGGGCACAGGAAACACAGAGAACCACAACAUUCAUUUUGUGGAACGUCUGGGUAAUGCUGGCGUUGCCCGGGAUAUGGCUGGCUUGGUCCAUGAUAUUUUUCAUCGUCUCUAUCCUCGCUUUCGUAUGGCACUCCGGGUCCACAACAGAUCCGGCCACACCUUCCCCACUCAGCCCCAACGCAGCAAUUGGCCCCCGAGUGCUCAUCUCAGCCUUUUUCUUCUUGGGCCUCGUUUAUUUUUGCGCGAUCGUGAAGACGUUACAGGGGUACGGCAGGGUGAGCGGUACGACAAGGGACACAGAAAUGGCGAGGGAAACGAGAGAUGCCAUCAGGGAAGGGAGGGAUGGAGAGAGGGAGAUGGAGAGAAGAAGCGAGAGGGGGAGAGGACGCGAAAGACGGCCUGGGCGAGGCAGAGCAAACGACCGCGAAAAAGACUGGAAACGCACCCCGCGUGAAGACGAUGGACCCGAAAGCGAACCAGAGCCAAUCUCUCGGACGUACAACCACGGUGGCGGUAAUGACGAUCGCAGUUCAUCCGCUUUGGACGUCCUUCCGGGUCUCGGGUUGCGCGGACUAGAGAGUCCGCGUGCCUCGGAUGAGCAGGGACGCGAGCAGGAGCGUACUCGAGAUGUGGCUCGUGAUGUCGUGUAUGAAGAAGGUAGCCUAGAGAGUGGUGAGGGGAGAGAACAUCGUGAUGGAACUGCGAGUGUGUAAGUCGCAGGCGCCCGGUGUUGGAAGAAGAGGGGAAGGGGGCAUAAUAGCAUAUGUUACCAAGCACCCAUUCGUGGGUACUUUUAUUGGACCAUCAGGGCACACCAUGGCGUUGUAUCGUUGAUGGGGAGACAGUAGUACUCUGCGUGUUUUUCUUAUUCCAGCAGUAUUUUAUUCGCUCGAGACACCGGAGUCGUGCGGCGCAUCACGGAUAACAGACAAAGCCAAGC